UUGCGUGUGUUGUGUGAUGACGCGGUGGUCAGGUGUUGCCUCAUAUAACCGGGGGAGCUGUCCAAGUGCUGAAAACAGUAGAGAACAGAACCGUUUCACGGCAGAUGCCAUACACCUUCACUGCUGUCUGAGCUUUUUUGCCAAAGGUAAUACAUUGCCUAUAAUGCUGCAUUUCCACCAAAAGUUGCCCGUGGGGGGAGCCGUGGUGCUACUCGCCUUCCUCCUCCAUGGAUGCGGCGUGCGGGCUGCGUCUCUUCCCCGCCACUACAGGCUCCGCGGCGGGCAGAGCGAGGGGCAGCCGGCUGCCUAUCCGCCCAGCUCCGACAUGAUGAAAGCAUUGGAGUACAUCGAAAACUUGAAGCAGCGGAACGGGGGCAGACCCGAACCCGUGGAUUACGACGAAGUGGACAAGUUCAGGGUCCUCCUUCAGCUCGCUACGCAGCAAGAAGAGAGUCCCGGCGACCGCCAGCCAGCCCCCGGCGUGCCGAGGCAGGACGUUACCGCUGAGCAGCUGAUGAAAGCCAUGCUCCAGUCCCUCCAGGAUCGGACUGGGAAGGACGCAAACCCCGGCCCCGUUUCGGCGCCCAGGAACGACCGCCGCACGCAUAGGCACCGCACCAAAGACACCGAAGUCCCCGCGGGCACACAGUCUGAAUACGGUAAUUUUCCCAGACCCCACAAGAAAUACCCCCUGAUGUUUGAGGACGAGGAGAACACGGACGCUUCCAAGCGAGCCACGGAGGACCUGGAUGAACAGUACACACCUCAGAGCCUCGCCAAUUUGCGGUCCAUCUUCGAGGAGCUCGGGAGGAUGCCCGGUCUGUCCGGCCAGAAGAGAGACGUGUUCGGGGACGAUGAUGACGAGGAAGAGCUCGGGUUCAACCUGAGGAGUCCGGCCUACGAGGAUGUGGCCGGCGGAGAGGAGUGGGUCCCCGUGGAGGAGAGGGAGGAGACGGAGGAGAUGGUCAAUGGGAGCCACGAAGAAAUGGACAGGGCGCUCGGGGAGCAGGGAGAAGCAGAGAGAGGGGAAAUGCAACGCCGUGCUGGACAAAACCAAGAGCAGGCGGAAGACGACACUAAACUGGUAGAUUACUACCUGUUGAAAGUCUUGGAGAUGAGCGACCAGACGCAGCGCAGGGAUAAGAUCGGAGAGCAGAGAAAGAGGCUGAUCCGCCCCUCCAUCGUCGAUCCUCGGACACUGAGGGAGUUGCUGCAGCUGUCCCUGAAGCUCCACGUCCCCCCUCAGGACCUCAUCGACCUGCUGCUCACCGAGGAGCUCAGAAAAUUCCACCGCGAACCCCAAGCCUCAGAGACCCGCUACCCGACCGGGCAGACCCCCAAGAUCAGGUACUACAGCCACAGGCUGCCGGCGAAGAGCAAGCCCGUUCCCGAGGAUAUGGACAGGGAGGACUUUUUAGACAUCAUCGGAGUGGAGACUAUCAGCAACCAGUACCCCGUGGUGCAGAGACCCGUGAAGACCUCUCCCUCCUCGGACAGAAUCCCCGUGGCGUCCAAUCCCGUUCCAAACUCCGGACCGGUUAAACCCCCUGCCUCCUCCGGCCGCAGGGAGAACCUCUUUCUGUCCGAGCUCAACAAAAUGCCGUUGAAACGUCAGGCCGAUGUCGCCGAUGAUGAAGACGAGGAUGGUGACGUGGAAGACGAGGUGACCACCUACCUGGCGGCCAAGAUCCUCACAGAGUACCCCAACACCAUCACCAAGAGGGACACCCAGGCCCAACUGAAGGGGCAGUUCCCCUACGAGCUGUACGAGCGGGCAAUGAAAGACUAUUUGGGUCAAGCGGACCCCGAAAAGCGGCCAAUAACCAAGAGGGACACCGAGGAGGCCACCGAGGAAACAAUGGAGCCCGUGGAGAUGGAGGGGGAGGAGGAGAUGACGCCCAAGACCUCGGCUCCAGAGACCGCAAAUGAAGUGGAGGAGCGCCGUGACAAAAAGGUGGCCGGGAUGUAGCCUGAAGCCCUGCAAGAAGCACGCAACAAUGAAUAUAGUAUUUAUACUGUCUCGAAAAUAAAGUUUGGUGGACGUGAUCUAGUUUACAUUAUAUGAACUAUAGCUGGUAUAACUAAUAUCACCCUUAUGAAAAUGAACUAUGGCAAUCGUAUACAUCCAACACAUUAAAUGUACUAUAGUCCCUACUUGCUGCAAGAACAUUAUAGAGAUUAUAUUAAUACCGGAGGAGAUUAAAAGGUGCAAUCCGUACAUAAAUGGGUAAAAAAUAUUCUCAAAAUACUUAUAAUUUCAACGUGUUACCACUCAGAAAUUGCCAAUUAGGCCUAGUACGCAUCAACUAAAUACCACAGAAAUAUAUUAAAGUUUGGUGAUGUCAAAAGUUUGGUUAGGUUUAUUGUGUUUGUAAACAGGCUUAUUUUAAAUCAUAAUCAACUAGAUAGUGUAAAAAAUACUUAUUUUUCAUCCAUUUCAAAUUAUUCAACGUGAAUAUACCUGUAAAUUAUUUAGCAUAAUGUCCUGAGAGGGGGAACAUUACGGGCAUUUUUCGUUAGGGCAGCGUGCUGGGCUGAGAGCGAGUGUUGUUGUGACUCGUGAUAUAUUCAGGGUUAGUAGAUUUCAUGUUAUUAUAAUGGAUCAUUAUUUCCAAUUCUAAAUAUCAGACCGUCGCCUGCCUUCCAACCCUUUCAUACUGCGAAGCUCUGUAUUGUUGGCCUACCAGUGGUUUGUGCUAUGUAUGCUCAUUUUUAAACCAUUUUGUACAUGUUCAAUAAUGUGUGAUGAAUCACAGACCAAUAAAGAAUCAGCUGUAUUAUUUUUCCUUC